UUAACCGAGCACAAACAUAGCUGCUAAGAAUGUGCACUUGCGGACGCGUUUGGCGCAGGGACGCGACCACACACGCGACGGUGGACAAGGUGGACACGUCGUACGGCAGGUACACAUCGGCGAACACGACUGCUACAAAAAAUCUUCCUGGAGUCACACACACGAUCAUUUGCCUUGAACACCUUGCAGCCAGCUAUACUGCGUAGUUGCUGCUGUUCCUUACGGCGCCUCUUCAACUGCCAUCGUUGCGAAAUUGCUGUUGAUCUCACCACAGCUAGCUCAAAUGAUCGCACUGAUAUUUUCGAGCCCAUCCGAAACGCAUUAUCGGCGCGCCACCAGCCUAAGGCGCGCGGCCCAAGUUAUGUCUGCUGGCGGCCUGGGCAUCCGCAUGCCAUCCAAGGCCACGUUCGUUGCGCAGGCCGUGCCUCCAUUCUCCACGCGAGGACAGGUGUAUGAUAAAGACAAGACCAAGAAGGCGACACCGCCCCCUCCGACUCCAAGGCACGAGCCGCUGGGGCCCGCAGCGCAUCGCGAGCAGCGGCCGAAAGACACCGCCGUCGGCAUGAGCCCUGCGCCCACAGCGCGUGAUGAGGAGGAUGUGCCCGGCCAGCCCCCAGCUCCUCCACAGCUGUGGGGGUCCGAGCCCGAGCCCGACCUGCCGGCAGCUGCCACACCCGCCGCCUCUUCGCCGCCGGACAAGCCUUCGGUGCCAACAGCCGGUGUUGCGUCGCAGCCGCGCAUCAGCCGUGAGAUCAGCAGCACUCCCAACACCAACACCAACACGGGCACCCCCGCCGCCGCUCCACCCGCGAUGGCGGCGGUGGCAGUCGCCAGCGUGCCAAAGCCCUGGGAAGCUGCAGCGGCCAACAGUCAGGCGCAGCCCGCGCCUCCCGCGCCUCCCGCGCCCGCCAAGCCACCUCCACGCCGCACUCCCGCCGCUUCCUCGCCGCCUGCUUCGGCCCCGUCACCGCUGCCCCAGCCCCAGCCGCAGGCCGCGGGGCAGGUGCCGUACACGCAGCUUCCGACCGACAUGCUCCGCCUGACCGGGGGCAGCCGCAAGCACCUGGUGGGGCGCGUGACGCUGCGCACCUUCUUCCCCGCGGCCACGGAGGCGGUGACAUCAGCGCGGGCCGGCAGUGAGCUGGUCCGGCUGCACCGGGUGCAGGAGGACGGCGUCACGGUGGCGACCUACGACGUGCUGCUGUCCUACCGGUGCGCGUCCAGCAAGAGCGGCACAAGCGUGCGGCUGACGGGGCUGGCGCCGCUGGUGGCGGACAUGGGCCUGCAGCAGGGCGCCUACGUGCGGCUGGCCUGGGGGCCACCCACGCUGAGGGCGGUGGCGGGCCCGGGCCCGGGCCCGGCUGUGCUGGACCAGCGCGUGGUCGUGAUCGAGCAGGUGGCCGGGGUGGCGUGAGGCGUAGGCAGGCGGGGCGGAGGCGGGGCAUACAGUGGUGUGCGCAAGGUGCGUUGAAAGGGAAUGCCCAUGUGCGUUAACCAUCUGCGGUCCAUUGCCAUGCGUGAAACCAAAGGGUGGUGGAGGGUUCAUGGUUUGGGAAGCCUACAAGCGGCGAUGGCGGUGGCUGAAGAAUUGGUGUGGCUAGCUAGCAUGGACUCGCAAAGGCGCAGCGAUUAGGCACGGCAGUUUGGUACCGUACCGUAAUGUUACAGCACUACAGUAACCAGUUUCGUGGUGUGUUUGAUCACUUUCUUCAUGCAUUUACAAUUUUACACAGCAGGCUAUUGUGCCCCAAAGUAAUGACAGCACAAUUACGGCCAGUGUCAGCAGCACCCUAGCACAGCUGCACAGCUGCACAGUUGCACAGACAUCCACCACCAUCUAGCUGUAAACCGCGUUCUAC